AUGGCUUCAAGCUCAAUACCAUUUCGACUAAAGUCCUACCAAACAGCUUUGGCAAUAGUUGCGCCCCCUCAAUUCCGCACCGAAAUUGACUCUUUGAGAAAGAUACACGACAAAGCCUACGAAAGAUGGGACCCACACAUCAAUGUCCUGUAUCCUUUCGUAGAUCCAGAUCAACUUGGAGACGCCAUUUCUGCGAUACGGCAGAGAAUUGCGGACAAAGAUGUCGGAAGUUUUGGAUUAGGAUUGGCAAGACCAGACAAAUUUGUCCAAAAGAAAGCAGCCACUGUUCAUCUUAAGCCAGAUCUGGAGACAGAGGAGAAGAUCAGUCUGCUCAGAGCGGAUCUUGUGAGUGCUUUGGGACGAGAUCCCAAAGAAGGUACGCAUGACGGGAUAUUCAGAGCGCAUAUGACUGUUGGCCAGGCUGGCUUAAUAGGACCAACACUCGAGAGGUUGGUUGAAAAGGUCGAAAAACUGGCUCCAUCGCAAUGGGAGUGCAGGAGCCUCACGGUGCUGAAGCGACAACCGUCUGGGAAGAUGGUUCCAGUGGACGACAUAUGGCUUCAAGGAGGAAGAAGAGAGGUGCUGAAUCGAACAGAGGAGUGUGGGCCUCCAGAAUACCACUGGAAUUCAUGUAAUGAAUACAGUUCUUCUGUUGGGUGGCAACCAGUAUUGAAGGAUAAGGUCUCGAGAGGACAGAGUGACACUACUUCGACCAAAGUCACAAUUGCGACCUACAAUCUGAUGACCGACUCUCGAGCUCCAGCAUUUACAACACGGCUCACCGCCAUCGUUGAUGCUAUCGAAUCUGCCACAGUUCAACAUUCAAAUGUUAGCAUCUUAUGUCUCCAAGAGGUCAACGAUGAAAUGCUUCCACUUCUCCUUGCUGACCGGAAAAUUUGCGGAUUGUAUCCUUAUUCGACUCACCUACCCUCGUCUCUGCUCCCGAGUGAUCGGAAUCUGGUCACCAUGGCCUCUGUUCCCUUCCAUCACAAUACCAUACAAUUCACAGAACGUCACAAACUGGCUUUGGUAAUUGAGGUGAUGGAGCUAAAUGUCAAGGUCGUGAAUGUUCAUCUCAGCGCUGGAUUAUCUGACGACGCAGUUGCGGCGAAGAAGCGUCAAAUGGACUACCUGACAGAAUUUUGUUCCAAUAUAAUAACUUCAAGAGAGGUCGUACUUUCAGGGGACUUCAAUCUCACAACGUCCUCCAGCACGAUCGAUAUGGCCUUGGCUCUUGACCUGAUCAGCACCAAAACAGCUCAAUUGGUUAGAAAUAUGAUCAAUCUAGACCUUUGGGAAGAUGCAUUUCUUGCAUCCGAGAACAUGCAAACGGAUGGUGUUAUUGAUGACAAGUCGGGUGCAACUUUUGACCGAAUCGGCAACACGCUGGCUGCAAUGUCAACUUCGCCAAUCAACGACCACCCUCAACGAUAUGAUAGAGUUCUUUAUCGAAGAAACGGGAGAUUGAAGACUGAGUAUGUUCAAUUGUUCGGUCUAGCAGAUGAAAGAGGCAUUUGUGGCAGCGAUCAUUAUGGCCUUUCUGCAACGCUACACCUGGACCCAAUGCAAAAUACCGUCCGCGAUUCACUACAUUUGGAGAUUUCCAAUGUCGAGAAGACCAUAGUUAUUGAAGAUAAUACAGAUCUAGGUCACUUGCUGGAGCAUUUACUUCCAACCGAAGACGACCGAGCAGAGCGUCGACACGCCAUUCGACUCAUCGAAGAAGGUCUGUCAAGUGGUAAUGGUCUUACGGGUCUUGUCCUCGCUCCGCUCGGAAGCUAUCUCUUAGAUACAUAUUUCCCAGAAUCGGAUGUCGAUCUUUUGGCAAUAGGGGCUGUGGCUCCUCAGGUCUUCUUCGAGCUUGCAGCUUCUAGACUUCAACAUCUUGACAGUGGGAGACAAGAGGGAGUGAAAGGUGUCCACUUAGUCAACUCUUUGGUAUCCAUUGCAGAACUGUCCGUACUUGGUAUCAAAUUCGACUUGCAGUAUUGUCAAGCACCAUUAUUACUAGAAAGGUGUCACAGUGCGAGCCAAAGCACCCCAUUGAACGAACUUGCGUUUGACAAAACACUCGUGUCCUCGCUUUCUCCUUCGUCGCUUCGACCAUUCAAUACCUAUCGCGAUACCGCGUACAUCCUGAACACAGUCUCGGAUAUCACAGCUUAUCGAAUGGCCCACCGGUUUCUUUCGCUGUACCUCAAGGGCCACGGCCUAUACUCAGCAAAGUUUGGCUACCUUGGCGGCAUCCAUCUCUCCCUGAUGCUCAAUCGUGUAGUCAAGCUCAUGGAAGCCUCACGCCCAUCAGAAUCUGGCGACCAGCCCAGGUGCUCUCCAGCUACCAUAGUUCGUACAUUCUUCAGCUACUACGCGAAUUUUGACUGGGCUUUAGAAAGUGUUAGCGACCCCACAUUGACGAACGAAGGCCAACCAGCACGAUCACCAAGAGAUGCUGUUUUUAUCCCCGCAAUUCAUGUGCCCACCGCACGUCCGAAUGUGGCCAGUAGUUGCACUCCACUAAGGGCCCAGAUAUUCAGGGAAGAGUUCAACGCAACGUCCGAAAGGUUGUCUCGCGAGGGGUGGUCUUUACUUCUCCGUCCGGGCGUUGGCGUGCAUGAUUUUUUGAAAAGCUUUCCCGCCUAUAUCUGUUUAUCUCUCGAUGUUUGGGGUGUGGAUGAGAUUGGCGGGGGAAAAGGCCGAGAGAUUGUGGGUGCACUUGAGAGCAAGUUUCCGAGACUGAUGCUCGCAUUAGGCAGACUGGACGGGAUGUAUGCACGAGUUUGGCCUGCGAGAUUCAGAAACAACGAAGAAAAGUCUUUGGAAAGUGAUGGAACACAGUUCAAAGGGUAUUAUUUGAUCGGUGUACGAAUGACGGGCGAGCAUGCAGAUUUGGAUGCAAAGAAAAUUCUGAGAGGCAAGGUCAUCGGCGUUGUAAGAGACUUUGAGAGCAUUGUGAAGGUGUCGAGAGAAUUUGAAAGUGGAAGCUGCUGGCUGAAUACGGAGUUCUUGGCAGGCAAGAAAAUCAGAGAUCUGAACUUGGUUGUCGAUGACCGAGACUGGAGCGCCGAGACUGGAACAGAUACCAUUUCCACUGAUUCCAACGAUCAUGGUACAGAUAUGGAAAAUGUUGGGCCGCCUGACUUUGUCUCUCGACCCAACGCUGAACAACCUCGAAGACCAAAUACGACCCCUUUACGUAUGCCACACGACAUUAUCAAUCGGAUCAAACAUGAUACAGCACAUUUCUCUGCAGAGAAGUUCCUCAUUGGAUACGAAGAUCGAUUUGAGGAGAAGCCAAGAGAGGUUGAGCUACUAAAAUGGAAGCUCGAACAGAUGGAUGAAGAGUUCAUAUCUUUGCAUAGGGCGGUGCACAUUAGGAGGAAGGAUGAGAAUGGAGGAGAAAUCGUUUGGGAUCGAAGACGGAGACUUGAUUUGAUUUUUGGAAGCGGGAAGAAGGGAGAGCGGAAAGGGCAGUCGUAA